CGUUCCUCCAGCAGACCACCACACCACCUUUAUAUACCGCCAACAUGUCGACCGACCCAAAGAUCCAGGACCUGCUUAACAAGCCCAAGAGUGAGCUUACUGAAUACGAGGUCUCCCUCGUUGAGGAACAUGAGCUCACAGCUGGCCCCCUCUCUCUCCUCCAAACCGCCACACGCACACACACCCAGGUCCUGAUCGCCUGCCGUAGCAACCGUCGCCUGCUCGCUCGCGUCAAGGCGUUCGACCGCCACUGCAACAUGGUAUUGGAGAACGUCAAGGAAAUGUGGACAGAGAAGCCCAAGGGCGGUAAGGGCAAGGGUGUCAACAAGGAUCGCUUCAUCAGCAAGAUGUUCCUGCGCGGUGACUCGGUCAUCCUCGUUCUGCUCAGUUGAUUUCGGGAAUUCAUUCCCAACCACGUGACAUGCGCGACAUGUUUGGCUUUUCUCUAUCCAGUUAUUGGAGUCGACAAAGACGGUCUAUUUCUUGAUAUCGAUACCCUGUCCUACGAUUUCCGAAGUCUGCGAUCCAUAGUCGGGGAUUCAAUCACACGUAUAUCCUAAGCUCCCUUGGCGAGUAGAAAAGGGAUUCUAUUUCUUCUCAUGAGCUUUCUCUAUGUCCGUUCUUCGUUGUUUUACUGUAUCAUGAAGGGACAUAUCUGGCGUUUUUCUGGUCCAUUUAGAAAAGUUAGAAAAGGAAAGAAAAGUCAGGUAGUCUGAUUCGAGAUUUUUCUCGAAGAUAAUAGGGGCAGGUCGAGUGUUCUCGAUCGGCGAAAGGGGCGUGGACAGUGGCUUUUUGGAUGUAUAAAUAUGGAUUCUAAUACAACCACUUAGCUACAAUGCAAUGAAAGGCCCACGCUAGCAAGAAACCUACUGUCGCACUUCAAAUAGCUUGGCUUGGUUAUUAUCUACAAGCAGUUAGGAGUCUUACGGGAAUGGAAAAACAUGAAUAAUAAAUCCAUAGAA